UCUAGUGGACAAACCGAGAACUACACAAACAGCAGAAACCGUCAUGGCGGCCGCCAGCAGACUCAUAUCAAGGUUGGCGCUGGUCACCGGAGGGGGCAGUGGUAUCGGCCGGGCGGUGUGCCAGCGCUUUGCCUCCGAGGGCGCCUCUGUGGUGGUUGCCGACAUCAGCGAGGAUUCAGCAAAUGAGACCUUGGGAAGCCUCUCACAUGACCUCAAAGGACAGGCUCACAUGGCAGCCGUGGUGGAUGUGUCAUCGAAACAGAGUUUAGACAAGCUGGUCACGAGCAUUCAGGCUCAUUACUUCCAGCCUCCCUCAGUGUGUGUGAACGCAGCAGGAAUCACCCAGGACGACUUCCUGCUCAGGAUGGAGGAGGAACAGUUUGACAGAGUCAUCCAGGUCAACCUGAAGGGUUCCUUCCUGGUCACUCAGGCUGUUGCUCAGGCUCUGGUGGCCUGUGGAGCACCUAAAGGCUCCAUCAUUACUGUGGGCAGUAUUGUUGGCAAGGUGGGAAACAUUGGCCAGGCAAAUUACGCCUCCUCUAAAGCUGGAGUGGAGGGUUUGACCAGGACUGCUGCCAAAGAGCUCAGCCGGUUUGGCAUUCGGUGUAAUUGUGUGCUGCCAGGGUUCAUAUUGACUCCCAUGACAGAUAAAGUGCCAGAGAAAGUUAUCACCAAGAUGACGUCUUUAGUGCCAAUGGGGAGAAUGGGAGAGCCUGCAGAGGUCGCUGAUGUCUGUGCCUUCCUAGCGUCCGAUGACUCUCGCUAUGUCACAGGAAUUAGCAUCGAAGUGACAGGUGGUCUUUUCAUUGGCUAAAUCGGCCGUCCAUCACUGAAGAGGACCAACAAGAAGACAGGUUCCUGUUGCACUCUUGCACUUGUUAAUUGUUAAAGUGGUUGUUUAAUAAAUCUGGUUGUUAAUAUG